AUGUCGAUUGUCCGGGAGACUGCCUGCGCUCUGAACAUUCAGCUGGAUCGUCUCCAACAGCAAAUAAUUCUUCCCGAGCGGUUCGACACGGCCGAGGCCCCCAGUCACCAUGUCCACCGGCUCCAAAAUGUGAUCAAUACAAUCUCCGUGACCUCCAAAACACAAUCGCUCCUACCAGCUGCCCAUCUAGUGGAUUUGCUGUCGGAUCCCACCCUAUCACACCAUCUGCUUCCCGGGGUUACCGACUUCAGCUCCGAGAAACAUGUCUCGGACUUUCUAUGGCUAGUAGCUGCCAAAGCAGCGGUCCAAGCGUCUGGCUUGGUCAUGCAUACCCUACUAGAUCAGACCAUCUUACUCCAGGAGGAAAUCUACUACUGGGAUGAGGUGCUAGGCUCAGUUUGGUCCAGUGGUCUCUAUGCCGCGCAAACCUCGCCCGCUCGACUAUGGCAUUGGUCUUUAGAUAUUUAUACUGACUACAGAUCCCAUGGAGUCUUCUCUGCCUCCAUCCCGAGAUCUUUUGCUGCAAGAUGGGGUCAGUUCUACCAAGUUGCUCGGCAGAGCUUGCGUGGAAUGGAGCACCCCAGCGCGUUGGAUUGGUCUUCGCCUAUUCGGUCUUGCCGAGCAGAGAUUCGACAGAAGAGAGAUCGUUUGACCGCCAUUAAGGAUGUCCACACAAGUAGUCUGGGACUUCUGAUGGAACAAUGGCAUGCCUUUCAAUUCGAGGAUCUCGCCAUCUCUUCGAACUCCUCACCGACACAGUGGCAGGAGACAGUAUCGAAAACAGUACACCUUACAGAGGCAAUCCUUCAACAUGUAUUGAAGCAGUCCAAUACAGAUAAGUUCGAAUCAAACGUCUUUCAAGCCGUUGAAAGGGAUAUGAGUAGCACGCAGAUGCGGCUCUAUGCCUCGUCCACCCAGGAGCCUACGGAUCUGAUCCAGCGCCUAAUUCAACUUCUCCGUGAGCAGCUGCCUACGCAUACGACCUCCAUUUCUACGUCAAUUGGGAAUCACGGACGUCCCUCAAGGAUCAUGCGAUACUGGUUACCACUGUCGGUGGUUUUGCUUUCGAGUAGCAUAUCAUUGAAGGUAUUGGCUCGUCAUCAGGAGGAAAUCAUCCAAUGGAUCAGAAACAUUGGCUCCACCAUUAUUGACUUUGGUGGUAACUGGGUGGUACGACCAAUCCACAAGCUCAUCGGUACCAUAAGGCACGAUGAGAAAAGUGAAAUCGCAAUCAUGAGCAAGAAGAGCCUAAUGGCUGAUCGUGCGAGCUUGGAGCGGAUGGUCAUUGAUUUUGUCCGCGAUCGGCCAGACCCAAGCCUGGGGAUGCCGACCGCUGAGAGCACGGCAGCCAUUGCAAAUGCAGUCAAAGAGGGCGAUCUGACGCCAGUCUUGAAAGCCUACGAAAGGGACCUACGAGCACCGUUCAGUGGAACGGUUCGAGGCGACCUGGUUCGUACUCUUCUGAUCCAGAUCCAAAAGACAAAGGUCGACGUGGAGAUCGCAAUCAGUGGAAUUAAUUCAUUGCUGAAAAGCCAAGAGCUUGUGUUUGGUUUUAUUGGUCUCACCCCGGGGAUCCUAGUCUCCUAUAUCUCUCUGCAGUGGGUGGCCGGGCUAUUUAGUAGCCGACGAGGCCUGCAACGAGGCAAGAAGCGCUACCAGCUGAGGCGAGGACUACGAAAUGUGACACGAAUCUUGACGUCCGCUUCCGUGACCGACGAAGUGAUUUCUUACAAGGACUCGGGACGACUGAUCUGUGAGGCUGAGUCAUUACUCCAGCACGUUCAAGCAGUGUUUGGAGGUUUGGAAUAUCGGGAAUUUAGAGAGGAUAUUGAAGAUCUGUUGGAUAUCCAGGGGGGAGUUAUCAAGCAGCUGCGGGUAGUUGAGAGGAUCCGAUGGACAUAUUUCCAAUAA